AUGAACCCAUCUUACUCUUCUCCUCGUCAUCACUGUUUUUCGGUGGCAGAGCUUCCAGGGUCAAUUGCAUCACCUCGGAGCGUUGAGCUAGACGCACCCACAACGCCAACGAGGUUUACAUUCGACCAUUUGGACGAGCAUAUGUUAGACUCGCCACCAAACUUGUCCCUAAGUCCAAGGACCGAGACGGCACCAGACCAACAGGACCGUUACAAAUUUGGCCGUUUAUUGGAAACAGAACCUAUUCGUAAUGGAAAGUCUCUGAGACAGAUGGACUAUGACGAGCUCAUGGAGAUUCUGCCGGACCUUACUCCAGAUCAAGUGAAGGUAUAUUGGCAUCCGGCCAUCUGCAAACAACUUAAGGAAGCAAAACAUAUGAAGAGCAGCCCUUCUUCAGUCACCCCAUCUGGCACCUGGAGUAGACAAGAUCAGGAAUCAUAUUGCAAAGAAGAUCCGGAGCAAGUUAGAGCCGAAUGUGAGAUUCGGUUAAACUCCAAAGAGAAUGAAAUCACAGGUCUUCUACGGCUUCAUGACGCACGUAUCCAUGCCCUUUGCAAGUUCAUCACCGAGCACCUUGGCGACCAGCUUGAGAUGUCUGAUGGUGAUGUCCAUCAGGCUGUCAAAGAGAUUGUUUCAGCGCAGCAAUGUCGUGGUAGAGGCCCCUUUGAAGCAGACCUCCAACACAUGUAUCAAUCUCGACAGAUACAAGAGCUCCAGGACCACAUCUCCAAACUCGAACUAGUUGCUAUCCGCAACGAGAAGCGAGCCAGAGCAUACAAAACCAAGGCCAAGACACUGAGAGAGGAUAUCACAGCUUCGAAGGAGACUGAACAGCUGCUGAAGCAAGAACUUGUCGAGAAGGACGCAUAUAUCGACACGUUGAACAAUAAAGUCACUCAGCUCCUGACCAUGCGUCCGUCUGAUAUACGAGGGAUCGGAAAGAAUCUGCCUUCGCCUGCUCCAUGUGACUGGAAACGAGCAGAAGAGCUAGAGCACCAGGUCGCAACCUGA